UCUAACGCCACUGUGUCGCCCAACCUGCUAUCUGGUCAACAGUAGUACACAACCUUGCGCCGCGACAAUAGCUCUCCCGAUCGCUCUGGUCGUAUUCAAUCAACAAUCUUCUCAAGUAUUUGCGAACGAGGUGUGCGAUAGACGGAAAACGAUGCAUUCACGUGGUCGAAUUAAACUGCUGGUGGUGUUGAUUGCGUUCGGGGUCAACGGGACCCAAUCGGAAGCGGUUGACCUGACUAAUGAUACCGUUGUUGCUGCUGCUGGUGGUGUAAAUGUGACUGGGUCAUCGAAAUUGCCGAAUGUGACAAAUUCCGUUGAAGUGGCGCCGCAGACUGAAGUGCCGAUUGUUGUAACAACAGUGAUUGCGGCAACGACGACCACUGAGGAAAGUACAACGGAACAACUGAUGACAACGACAAUCGCUGAGACAACUAGCCAAAGUUCUACCAGGAAAGAAGAGCUGAUAGGUAGCAGCAGCACUACAGGGAAGCCCAACCUUGUGCCGGAUGUCAGCACUUCCACCGGCCACGAACAGUUACCAAACUGUUCGGAAUUUGAGAAAUCUCCACACCAACCGGUUUACGACAAAGACUCUCACAUCAACAAGUGCUGCCCUCAGGGGGAGAUAUUCGAGGAUGUGGGAGGAGGUCGACUGCGCUGCACUCCGGGCGAUCGCAAGCUGGACAUCGAAACCAUCUACGCCGUAUUCUACGGUGAUGCGGAGUGUAUCGAGGACAAAGACCACCUGAUUCACUUUGACUACGAAUCGGUCAACGCCUGCUACGCGAACAAUGUGACAUUUCAGUACAGCAAAGAUCAGGGCGACGAGAUGUUCGUCAUCCAGAACGGAUCGUUGCUGGUGAUUACCGAUGGUCAGUUCAUGGCAGUGUUCGACCAUUACUGCGUCGAAGUGGACACCCACGGGAAGCUGCUGGCCAAAGCUUGCGAUGAGGUGGAACCUAUCGUGCUCAGGUCUACGGCCGUUUUGAUCUACGUUGGCAUUGCGAUUGCCUCGUUGGGAUUGAUAUUGACUUGCGUGGCCUAUGCGUUCGUUCCCAAACUGAAUGACGUGUUCGGAUAUUUGUUGGUCGGGCAUGCGGGUUCGUUCCUGGUAGGAAUGAUACUGAUAUCUCUGGCAGCUUGCGGGGAUCGCUGUAUCCAUAACGCUGGGAUUAAUGGACUCGCAAUAUUCGGUCAUGUGUUCCUGAUAUCGUCCGUUUACGCCUUCGUCUUGAUGAACGUUUACAACUACGUCUACGCUGCGUACUAUCUUCCGAACGGAUUGGAGUUCGAUACCAAAAACAAAUCAGAUGUGUUCUUCUUCGUAGCUGUACUCUACACCAUCACGGUGAUUCCUAUGUUCCUGCCAUGGAAAAAUGCUCUCAUCUUUCACAUCGCCUUAUACAUAUUCUACGCAGCAAUUGCUGUAAUCCUCUACCUCAGCCACCGUGCCAUACGAACGCUGGCGAACAGUAAAUUCAUCAGGUUUACCGUUUCCCAGCAAAACUACCACGAGUUGACCUACACGGAGGCGGUCAACGCUCAGCCUCGAAUCAACCAGGAACGCUUGGACGAUGUUAAGAACACUAAUCGACUCUGCACGAUCGAAGCCAUCUACACCUGCAUCUGCUGGGUGGUGCUUAGCUCGAUGGAACAACAGCUGGACAGUCAGUACGACAUCUUCCGGCUAGGGGCGGCCUUUGCCGUUAUCUUCCAGGGCAUGCUCAUCGGGGUGCUGUUCGUGGGCGGCAGCAAGAAGUGGACCAUCAUCCGGGAGUGCUGGAGCUACUCCGGAUCGAUUGAUCUGCACGCGGUGGAAAUGGAACGGGAGAUGCGAACCAUGGAACGGAAGGCUGUGAUAGAGUCGUAGGAACACGGCGCAAUGAAGGAGGUGCAUGUGCUCGGGAGUGCGAAUCGACUGCGUAUUUAUUUAGUAAUUAAGGACAACCGAAUACGAGUUUGUUGUGGUUUACCAGUUUUAACGGUACGCUUAUUCGAGUUUGAGUAGUUUUAGAAAGGAACUGUUUGUAUUAUUCUUGCUGUAGUAUUGAAUGAGUCCGUUAUUCUUUUAACGCAUGACUAAACCUAAUGUCGACUAGAUGAGGUAUUAAAUUUGACAGAAGCGUUAAUGUGAA